AUUAUCAGACAGUUCGCUCUAUAAGGCAACACGUGCCCCCUUUAAAGUGACAAAUUGCAAUGUAAAAAAAAACUUUUCCGGGUGUUUUUGUGUAGUUCCUCCGUGAAGUCUGACUUUAGGGGCGACUACGGGAGAAAACAGCGCCCAAAUUGCUACUAAAAGUAAACUUCCUCCCACGCUCUGUUGCAAAAUAUACAACAUCAAAAUAUUCUCCCUCCCGCGCGCAUCCUCCUCACCACUUCAACACUCUGCAGUUGUGGCUACGUUGGGUGGGGGCUCGCGCUCUGUUGGUGCGUUAGCACAAACUCCAGCCGGUGGUGUACGUUUAGUUGGCCACAAAGUGCCACAGUAUUCGUACGCGUUGUCCCCACAUCGUUCGUCCGUCUCACGCGCCAUCCCGCCCGAGGACCUCUAGUGCAGAAGUAGUGAAAGUUUCCUGAACACAGCUGAGAAGACAAGGACGCCUCCGCGGAAGAAUCCCACAAAUAUCCUCCACAAACUACUAAGAAGACAGAGAGAAUGUGCGGAAUUUUUGCUUAUCUGAACUACCUGACGCCGAAAACAAGGCGAGAAGUUCUAGAUCUGCUUGUUACUGGACUGAAACGACUCGAAUACCGUGGAUAUGAUUCAGCUGGUAUUGCCGUGGAUUCCACAGACCCAUCGGACAUGGUUCUAAUUCGUAGAUCUGGAAAGGUUAAAGUUCUCGAAGAUGCCAUUGCGGAAGAAUUCUCCGAGGACCCUGAUGAGGCUCCGCGUCAGGUGCACGUGGGUAUUGCACACACCCGAUGGGCAACACACGGUGAACCAUCGGAACGCAAUUCACAUCCACAGCGAUCGGAUGAGGCGCAUGGCUUUGUUGUGGUUCACAAUGGAAUCAUGACGAACUACAAGGAGAUCAAGACAUUCCUGGCAAAGAGGAACUACACAUUCGAAUCGGACACCGAUACGGAGAUUAUUGCAAAGUUAGUGCAUCACCUGUGGACACAGCAUCCGGGCUAUUCCUUCCGGGAGCUCGUUGAGCAGGCAAUUCAGCAAAUGGAGGGUGCUUUUGCCCUCGCAUUCAAGUCUAAACAUUUCCCGGGUGAAUGCGUUGCUACACGUAGGGGUUCACCACUUCUUGUGGGUAUUAAGACCAAGACACGCCUGGCUACAGAUCACAUUCCAAUUCUCUACGGAAAGGACGACACCGCCCUACGCACACAGGCCAAUUCCAAAGACGCUGAUGGUUCAAAACAUUCAGAGCAUCGUCCCCAUGGUACGGCUCGUGAUGUACCAUUGAUGCCAAGAACAGAGAGUACGAGUGAAUUUAUGCCGUUGGAAGAUAAAGAAGUGGAAUACUUCUUUGCAUCUGAUGCAUCAGCUGUUAUUGAGCACACCAACAGGGUUAUUUAUCUGGAGGAUGACGACGUUGCAGCCGUCAAGGAUGGUGCUUUGAGUAUCCAUCGGCUGCGUAAGUGCUUGGAUGAUCCACAUGCACGUGAGAUUACAACACUCAAGAUGGAGAUUCAGGAGAUCAUGAAGGGGAACUACAAGUACUUCAUGCAGAAGGAAAUCUUCGAACAACCCGAAUCGGUGGUUAACACAAUGCGUGGGCGUGUUAACUUUGAAAAUGAAACUGUUACCUUAGGUGGUAUUAAGGACUACAUUCCUGAGAUUAAGCGCUGCAGACGUCUCAUGUUGAUUGGAUGCGGCACAAGCUACCAUUCAGCCGUUGCUACACGUCAACUGCUGGAAGAACUAACCGAACUGCCUGUAAUGGUGGAGUUAGCAUCGGAUUUCCUCGAUCGCAACACACCCAUCUUUCGGGAUGAUGUUUGCUUCUUUAUCAGUCAGAGUGGCGAGACAGCCGAUACACUGAUGGCAUUGCGCUACUGCAAAGCACGCGGGGCCCUCAUUGUGGGCAUUACAAACACGGUGGGUAGUUCAAUUUGUCGUGAAAGUCACUGCGGUGUUCAUAUUAAUGCUGGACCUGAGAUUGGAGUUGCCUCAACGAAGGCUUACACAUCGCAAUUCAUCUCUCUCGUGAUGUUUGCUCUUGUCAUGAGUGAGGAUAGAUUGUCGCUGCAAUCACGACGCAAAGAGAUCAUUGCUGGUCUUGCCAGUUUGGCGGGGCACAUUAGGCGUGUUCUGGAGUUAGAUGAGCGUGUUCGGGAGCUGGCAACGGAUCUGUAUCAACAUAAAUCUCUCCUCAUAAUGGGAAGGGGUUACAAUUUUGCCACGUGCCUCGAAGGAGCACUGAAGGUUAAGGAAUUAACGUACAUGCACAGCGAAGGAAUAAUGGCGGGUGAACUUAAACACGGCCCAUUGGCUCUUGUUGACGAUCAAAUGCCCGUCCUUAUGAUUGUUAUGCAGGAUCCGGUGUAUGAGAAGUGCAUGAAUGCUCUGAUGCAGGUACAAGCGAGACAGGGACGACCAAUUCUCAUUUGUCAGGAGGGCGAUGAGAAGACAAUGAGCUAUGCAUCGCGCGUUCUUGAGAUUCCCAAAACAGUUGACUGCCUUCAGGGUAUCCUCACUGUGAUCCCAAUGCAGCUGCUCAGCUACCACAUUGCCGAUAUGCUGAACUACAAUGUUGAUUGUCCACGAAAUCUCGCUAAAUCCGUGACUGUGGAGUAAAAUUUUUUUGUGUGUAUGACGCGCAAAUUUAAGAGAUUUUUCUUUUUUAAUUAUUAACAAAGCAAAUACAUAAUUAUCUAUUAAAAGCCAUUCAAGAUCUUAAA